CGGAGGGACCAGACCGGGUCGGGCAGGGAAGGCCGUGGCGGAGGCGGGUGGGAUGGGUCCUCGCCGCCGGCUUCGCUGAGAUACGCUCGCUCCGGCUGCCCGCGGCGGCAUGAAGGGUGCUCUGGGGAGUCCCGUGGCCGCGGCCGCCGCCGGCGCCGCGAUGCAGGAGAGUUUCGGCUGCGUCGUGGCCAACCGCUUCCACCAGCUGCUGGACGACGAGUCGGACCCGUUCGACAUCCUGCGCGAGGCCGAGCGCCGGCGCCAGCAGCAGCUGCAGCGCAAGAGGCGCGACGAGGCAGCGGCGGCGGCGGCAGGAGCCAGCAGCCGCGGCGGCAGGAGCCCAGCCGGGGCCUCUGGGCACAGACCCGGCGCGGGCGGCUGCCGGAGGGAGUCCCAGAAGGAGCGCAAGAGCCUCCCGGCCCCGGGCGCGCAGCAGCCGGACAGCCCCGGGGGCGGCCCACAGCCGCCCGGCCAGAAGCGAACUCCUAGAAGAGGGGAACAGCAAGGAUGGAAUGACAGCCGGGGCACAGAGGUGACGCUUGAUAGAGCCGAGCGGCGAUCCUACAGGGAAUAUCGACCCUAUGAGACCGAGAGGCAGGCGGACUUUACAGCUGAGAAGUUCACAGAUGAAAAACCAGCUGAUAGGUUUGAUCGAGAUAGACCACUGAGAGGACGUGGAGGCCCGAGAGGGGGGAUGCGAAGCAGAGGCAGAGGUGGUCCCGGCAGCAGAACUUUUGACACUUUUGACCAGAGAGGGAAACGAGACUUUGAAAGAUAUGGUGGGAGUGAUAAAAUAGCAACCAGAACCGAAGACAACAUAACUGGAUGUGGAGUUCACACCUGGGGAUCAGGUAAAGAUACCAGUGAUGUGGAGCAAACACCGCCCAUGGAUGAGUCCACAGCGAUGGAGGAGUCCCAGGCCACCGUGGAAGAAGAAUCUCCAGUCAAAGUUCCUGAGUUGGAGGUAGAAGAAGAAACUCAAGUUCAAGAGAUGACCUUAGAUGAGUGGAAAAAUCUUCAAGAACAGACCAGACCAAAGACUGAGUUUAACAUCCGGAAACCAGAAUCUACUGUUCCUUCCAAAGCAGUGGUGAUUCACAAGUCAAAAUAUAGAGAUGAUAUGGUAAAGGAUGACUAUGAAGAUGAUUCCCAUGUCUUCCGGAAAGCCACCAAUGACAUCACAUCCCAGUUGGAGAUUAAUUUUGGUAACCUCCCUCGACCUGGACGUGGAACCAGAGGUGGUACCCGGGGAGGCCGGGGACGGAUCAGGAGGGCAGAGAACUAUGGAUCCAGAGUGGAAGCAGUGAUACAAGAUGUUGCUCCCAACCCAGAUGACCCGGAAGACUUUCCUGCUCUGGCUUGAAAGAGCAGAGCCCUGUGUUUCCCUGGCAUCCAUGAGCAGGGUAGCUACCUACGAAGAGACUUUUCUUGCUGUGGGAAGAGAGUCAGACUCUAAGAACAAUAGAUGUUGCUUUUCCCCUGUCGUGUGAAUUUGUUGCACUUUAUGGUCUGGGGGGUGUGGGGUUAAGGGGCUUUCUCAAGCAGGAACUUCCUAUCAGGAGGUCAGUUCAACACUUUCCGAGAAGGUGAAGAGCAGUGGCUAUUUUCUUAUUUAAGGAAUUCCAAAUGCUGCCCAAGAUAAUGUUUAAAAUGUGUACAUAGAUUAUAUUGACUCCUCCACAUGAGCACAAAGUAGCUUGUAAAAUAGACUCUAUGGAGAUUACUUAGUAAAUUGUACAGAUGUCAGAAGACUGUGUCUUUUAGUAUGAAGAAGUCCAUAGACCUGGAACUGUUAAUUUAAAGCAGUCAUAGCCUAGUUUUCAGAGAUCACAAAUUUAAAAUAUAAUUAUAUUUACCGUUUACUUGUAAAUGUUAUACAAUCUCCUGGAAUAUUUUGAGUUCUGGUUUUCAUUUAACCAAUAAUUUUAAGCAGCUAUUGUGCAGCCACAGGUCAGCACUCCAUGACAAAGAAUCAGAGAAAGUAUUAUUUUUAAUGGUGUUUUAAACUACCUCGUGGUUUCUGUGUGUACACAUAUACGUAUAUUUAGUGUUUGAGUGGUUUUUAGGAUGAGUAUUAAGUAUAUGGUUUUUAAAAUCAUGUUAUUUAACUCUCCAAGUGAAAAGGGGUCUUGGCAAAAGACACCACCAUAUCCUUUUCUCCCUUAAAACUAGACUCAGAAUUCAAUAGCUAUGUACAAAGGCCCUCUGCUUUUGUCCUGGGGGAAGAGUUGUAAGUAACUAAUAUUUAUUGGACACUUGUGUUUUUCUUACUUGGUCUUUGCCGCAGAUCUAGAGUUCUUUAUUUGCUUUUGGUGAAAGCUUGGGGCUCAGGGAUAUCUCAGAGGUUCAAUAACUCGCCAGAGUCCCACCCUAAACAGGGGAGCUGAGACCAGGAGCCAAGCACAGCCACCCUCCCCACCUGGUGCCUAAGGGGAAGAGGGCCAGAGGGCAUGGGGGCAGAGGCAGCUAUAGCCACUGUUGGAAGCUGAGGUGAUGCUGUCCCCACUCCCCUGAAGAAACCUGUUAUCACACAGUUUGUAUGCUUGUGAUGGAAUUUGAACCUUGGUCCCAGGAUCUGUGCUUUUUCCCACUUGGCUACACUGUCUUAAGAUAGCUCAACUGGAACCCAAGUGUAAAUAAAGGUUAGUGUUUCUUCCUAACUUUGUGUACUUUUGGUCAUACCUAGGCCACAGCAGAAAGAGGUAGUGAUUUUGUUUAAUCAAAGCUGAACCCCUGGACUUGUUAUGGUCAGUUGUGGAUGUUUGCUUUGGGUGACAGCCUGGUUUUGGUCUCUUGUCAUUAAAUUAAGAUAUGAGUACUAAAGUAUAUUAACUGAUUGUUUUAUUCCCUUUCUCCCACGCCCCCAAUCUAAGUUAAGAAAUCUUGUGAGAGUGAAUGCCAGGUUUAGUCAUAGUAGUCAGCUGGUGUAAUGGGCUAUGUCAUUACUCAGCAAGUUUGAAGCUGUCAUGUUAAGUAAGUCAUUUGGC